UCUGGCCAUGUUUUUUAGCCAACAGCCGCUACCAAACGCUUCAGUCUAUAAGCGACAACGUGUACGAGCGGUCGCGUUCUUAUUCUUUUGCCCGCUAAUAACUAACCAAUACUCAGAAAGUAACCAAGCAUAGCGCCACUGAUAAUCUAGUCGCCUAGCAUAAACGCAGCUUUUUGAAUAAACGCAUGCAGUAAAAAAUUUUUUCCGAGCGAUUUCCGCGCGCUUAGUUUAAAACGUAUACUGGCAUAUAUUUGCGCUUAGAUUAAACGUAUUUCAAGCGUCGCGACAGAAUUUUCAUGCAAGGCGACUCAACGCGUUUCAAGCGAUAGUUCAGGCGGUUGCAUAUUUUUUUUCUUGAAAAGUGGUGUUAACAAUAUUGAGCUGCUUGACCGGGCGCGUGCUGUAUUCCCUAGCCGCGUUGCUUAGUAUCUAAAUUCGAAAGUGUUGCGCUUAGCCAACCGCUUUCAUCGUGAGCGCAUAAACGCGCUUUGCAUAAAUGGCAAACCAGUGGGUUAGCACAUAAGCGCGCGUAUUUGAAAACAACUUUGAUAAGCAAAAAUAAUAAAAACCACAACAAACAAACAAAUUUAACCAAAACGCUAGCCAUACGCCGCCUAGCAGCCGCUUCCCUACUUCCACCGCUUAAUAGCUACAGUCAGACCAUAUUGCAAGUGUCGGAAAAGCGCUCAGCCAGCUAUUUCCUCACGCUGCUUGCGAGCGGAAGCUGUAAAUUCUAUUACGAUUUUGUCAUUAUUGUUUUUUGACUUUUGACUUGAAAAUCGCGUAGCCUACAGCGCGCUCCACUUCUGUCUAGCUCUGUGCGCGUUUGUCGUUUUGUAAACGCGUUGCUCAUUGCUGGCCGCUUCAGGUUUUUUGAACGCGUACAACCCGACAAAUAUUUAUUAAAUAUUAAAGAGUGCACGCAAUAACUAAAAAGUAAAACUUAAAUAAAAAAUAAAAUAACAACAAAAGCAAUUUUGUGUUCAAGUGCUUGAGUGAAAUCAACUAAUCAACUUUUGGCAGAUUUAUUCAGCUGUUACAAACUGUUGUUGCAGAUUGACGCUUGAGUGCUCGACAGCGCGUCAAAGUGUUGUUGAAAGUGAAGAUUUAUCGCGCUUAAUUAAAUCGUGUGGAAAAUUAACAGUUAUAAUAAGAACAACAACAAAAGCAGUUUUUUGAAAACACUUUGUUCUUGGCGCUGGUUCAGAGCGCAAGUAAAAUAGUGCAUAAACUUUAAAUAAAUUAAAUAGUUGUUUAACUUAAUAAUGCUAAUGUGACCUAAGCGAUUUUACUAACCAAAAGAACUAACUAAUAUAUUCCUAAUAAAUGUAAAAUGGUUUACUGAGCACAAAUAAAAAAAAUCAAGUGAGUUUCAACCAAUACGCACAUAUAUGUAUGUAUCAUAUACCGAGACAAAUUUAAUAAAAAUAAUUCCGAAGGUAAAUUCCAGAGUAGUAGCGAAUUGUCACGAGAGUUUUUAGGUCUUGAGCUCCGUAAGUAGAUUUAUAGAACCGCGACAACUAUAACUUCGAAGAAGGUAUUUUAGACCUCGUCUAAGCUUCAAAACAUUUGUGUCACUGAGCUCACCUCACACCUCAAAGUGAUCGAGUUUAAUCCUGGAACUCUGCUGCUAUUCAUAUAUUGUAAAAACAGCGUGUGUAUGCUCAAACUUGCUUUAUAUCACUCACAAACAUUUGCAUAUUAAAUAUUAGCAAAAGAAAAAACUAAACUCGAAAGCUAAACAAAUAAACACAAAGUCCACUCAUAAAAACCAAUACCAAUCUUAAAAGUGCUAACUACUGCUCUAUAAGUAUACCCGCAAAAAAGACUCCUUCUCCAAGCUACCCGCAAAAUUAUCUAAAAUAUCUUCAUAUUUUCACUAAGUUAGUGCCCGCAAAAAUAUUUUGAAACUUGUGAAGCUUGUAAAUUUGGCGUGAAAGCUCUCCGAACAAAAGCUUUAAGUGAAAAAAGUGCAAAGGUAAUAAACGGAGCAAUAGUGUGCAGCUGCAAAGGAGCUUGAAAACAAAGCUUGAAAGAAAGCCCGUAAUUUUGAGCUUUGAAACCAAUUUGUCAACCGCUUCCCCUUUUACCCAGGCUUUUACCCACACAUUUAUAUACAAAACGCUAAAUCUAUAUAUUUAUAUAGCAAGAAAGCAAAUUAAAACGAAAAAGUGAAUUUAUUUUUAAUACCAAAGCUUCUACUGUUACCAAGCGUGUGCAAAUUUUUAAAUUGGUUUCGAUAAUUUAUUGUUGUGCGCCCCAAAAAAGCUGCUGCAGUAAAAUAUUUAAAUUACAUAGUUGCAAGACUUAAACGAGUAGUACUCUUGCGUUACUGUUUUACGUAGCUUACGCAUCUGGCAGCGAGCUUUCAGGAAAGCUCCAAAAAUAGGGCGUAAAGCAACGAAAGGAGCUUGCUGGAAUAAACUAUCCGAAAACACUGAAACCAACAAAUAAUUUUGAACUUCUAGUCAACGACUAAACCGCGUUGCCAUAACAACGAACCGCGAUUCGGACAAACGUGCGCUGAAAAGUUCCAACAUUCAGUUAACCACGCCGUAAACGUCAAACAUAUUUCGCAUAAUUCGUAAAACUCAAAUUUACAAUUUUUUAAAACCGGAGUUUUUCAAAAAAAUUCAUACGAGUAUAACUGACAAGAGACCGCAAAAAGUAUUCUCUUGUUAAAUUAUACAAACAAAAAAAUUAAGAAAGAAAUCAACAACGAAGUCAGCAAAGGAAAAACAAAAUCGGUUGCAGAUUAGUGAAAGCUCUCGUGUAAAAGCGGCAAAAGCACAACAGUGCCCCGAAGGAAGCUACAAAAUAUUCGCAUUAAUAACAGCUCAUAGAGAGAAGAAUUUGUGGUCACAUAAUAAUCAAAAAAAGUCUCGAAGACUAUUACGCGUAAAUUUCAAAAGCUCCUUGUACAACUACCAAGUGCAGGCACAUGUGAAGUGGUGCAAGCGGCUAUAAAACAAAAAAUAAAGAAAAAUCAGAAACUCCCCUACCCGUGUUUGAACCCGUAACCAAACAACUGUGAAAAUUGAUAAAAAUCAAUUAAUUUUACCAAUAAACCCCCAAUUCAAGUAACUCUUUGUGAACACUCUCAUAAAAACAACAACUAUAAUAACAAAAUGGCAGCUGUCGUCCAUGUGAAUAGCCUGUUGAAUGGCAAAGAUUCACGCUGGCUCCAAUUGGAGGUGUGCCGUGAAUUUCAGAGGAAUAAAUGCUCCCGCCAAGAUACCGAAUGCAAAUUCGCUCAUCCGCCCGCCAAUGUCGAGGUACAGAAUGGAAAGGUGACCGCUUGCUAUGACAGCAUUAAGGGUCGCUGUAAUCGUGAUAAACCGCCGUGCAAAUAUUUUCAUCCACCACAGCAUUUGAAGGAUCAAUUAUUGAUAAAUGGACGAAACCAUCUUGCCUUGAAGAAUGCACUGAUGCAACAGAUGGGUAUGGCAACUGGACAGCAAGUCAUACCGGGACAAGUGCCAGCCGUGGCCACAAAUCCCUACUUAACCGGCAUACCGGCCAAUCCGUACCCUAGUCCAUACUAUGCGCCUGGAACUUUAGUGCCUGCAUUACUCGGACCAGAUCACACACAGUUGGGUCAAGUGGUGCCACAAACGGUACAAGUGGCACAGCAGAAAAUCCCACGAUCCGAUCGAUUAGAGCACCAUCAUUCGACCACUAACAUGCCGUCGUCAGCUGCCGUCGUCGCUGCCGCAGCCGCUGCUGCCCAACAGCAGGCCGCCCAAGCUCAGGUCCAGGCUCAGGGCACAACGCAGACGAACGCCGCCAAUGCUGCUGCCGUCGCCGCUGCCGCUGCACUCGCUAUGGGUGCCGCAGGCGGUGGUGUGGGAGCGAGCGCUGGCGCUCAUCAUGCACAGCAUCAUCAUCAUCAUCAACUGGAAGUGGGCAAGAAACGUGCCGCCGCGGACAAUGACAUGUUACAACUGAUGGAUGUUAAAACGGUUGGUUCAUUUUACUAUGAAAAUUUCGCUUUUUCCGGAAUGGUACCGUUCAAGCGUCCCGCUGCCGAGAAAUCCGGUAUUCCAGUGUAUCAACCCGGCGCGACCACCUACCAGCAACUCAUGCAACUGCAACAGCCAUUCGUACCAGUGUCAUGUGAGUACCAAUCUCAAAAUGGUGGGACGCCAUUGAGCGCCACUACCACUACCUCUACUUUGAGUACUUCUACUACUACUACUACUACUAACAAUAUGAAUCCGUAUAAUGCUACUACUGCAACAGCAGCAGCACAAGCAGACGCCGCCACAGCAGCCGCAACAAAAACAACAGCGGCGGCUACAAUUGGUGCCGCCACAUUUUUAGGUGCUAGUAUCACAACACAACAACAACAACAACAGAUUGAACAGCAUCACCACCAACAACAACAGCUACACAAUCAGCAAAUGCAACAACAGUUGCAUCUGUUACCGCCACCACCACCAACCACAACCACACCACCAACAACAACAACUGUCACUUCCAAUUAUCAUUUACACCAACAUUAUAGUAACAAUAGCACCCUGUAUAAUAUUAAUAAUAACAACAACAACAAUAUCAAUAAAAACAAAGACAAUAGCAACAACAACAUUAGCGCUCUAACAACCCCACCCAAAUCCAAUUCCCCCUCCGCUAGCAUACAUUCGACCCCAAACACAGAUUCAUUGCAAAUAACAACACCGACAUCAUCACCAUCAGAAACAACAACAACAACCACAGAUGUUAGUAGUUUCUAUGAGUCAAGUAGUAGUAGCACAUACACGCAGGCUAGUAACGGUAAUCACAACGGCGAUCAAGACGGCAAUGAGGCGUCGUCAAUGCUCCCGCCAACAUCAACGUCGUCGCCAGGCGGCGCAACAACAAUUUCGUCAGCGUAUAUGCCAUACAACAAUGGCGAUAGUAAUUUGACUAGUAGCAACAACAACAAUAAUAAUAACAAUAAUGUAUUAUAUGUGAAUAAUAAUAUUUUGAGUAACGGUAGUAAUAAGUUAGCUCCCACAACAACACCAACAACAACAGCUAGUGCGACAGCAGCAGCAGCAGGUGAAGAUGAUGAUGACAUUGCUGAUGGCAACGAUGCUGUCGCGCCAACAGCCGUUACAUCAGCAAUUGUUGGCGCUGUCCCAACAACCACUUCAGCGAGUAGCAAUUCGCUCUUCGCUGCCUCUGCUAGCGCACACACUUACGACACCACAACAACAGCAAAAUCAUCGGCACUAACAGCACACACAGCCAAUGCUAGCGCUAGUAGAAACGAUAAAGACCCUAUUGAAGAUAGCAAUAACAACAACAGCAACAAACCCUACUUUAGCAACAGCAAAUACAGCUACAACGCUUCGGCUAACCCUUACAGCGUCGCCAAUUCACCUGUCAAAUAUGCCACACAUAAGACAUCAAGCGCCGCCGCCAAUGAGGCAGCUCAAUCCGCGUAUGCCGCCUACGCCUACCAAGCACAGGCGGCCCAAGCCGCACAAUCUCAUGCGUCCGCGGUCGCCUCCUCCACUUACCCGUCCACCAGUUUGUCCAACGGCGCACACAGUGACACACAGUCAUACAGCGUCUACAACGGCCUGAAUGGACAUGCCACCUCAGUCGCCGGCAUAUUGCCGACUCCGCAUUCAGCUGCCCCAACGGCGGUUUCCGCUGCCUCUGCAGUUGCCUACCAGCAGGCACAUCAGCAGCAGCAGCAACAACAACAACAAAUGUUUCGUCUCUAUAAUCAGUACGCUGGCGUGCCCACUAGCGCUACCACUUCUUAUGCCAACUUGCUGGCUGCUUCGCAUGCCGGUUAUGCCACACCCACAACCACUAUGGCUCACAUGUCGGCGGCAGCAGGCAUGACUGUGCCUUCGUAUGCCACUGCCUACGGCGUUCCCGCUUCGUCGGCAGCUGGCGCAGCUACACUGACACCCACAUACGCCUACAGCGCUUAUGGCAGUGCCACACCCACCGGCUAUUAUGCCGAUGCCAGCGCUCUAGCCAAAGAGGCCGCCCAAAAGUACCAUGCCAACGCUAUGAAAAUGGCUGCCGCGGUCAAUGCUAAUCAACUGAGCGGCAAACCGCUUACUGCAGUUGCCGCUGGUGGCAUGGCCGGUUUACAGCUAGGUAAGGCUUACAUGACCGCCAUGCCUGGCAGCGCUAAUGCUAUAGUUGCCCACCAGCAGCAGCUCUCACUCUUACAGGCACACCAUAUCGCACAAGCGCAGCACGCCGCCGCUGCAGCUGCCGCUACUCGUUCAGCGCUAGCGGCGAGCUCAUUGUCCAGCUCAGGCAUGUCAACGCCCGUUGGCACGCCGGUACAUACGCCCACACCAGGCGCUGCUGGCGUGGCAGCGAGCGGUCUGCUAACGCGGCCCUCUUCCGCCGCCGGCAGUUAUAUCAGCGCAGCUACAACACAUACCGCGCUGCGUCCGCAAGCAGUGCAGCUGGCUGCCGCACCUACCGCCAGCAAUUCGCCAUACGCGGCCGCAGCCGCAGCGGCUGCCAUGCAACAACAGGGCUUCUUCUACCCAGCUGGCAUGAUGGCUGCACCGGCGACGGCCGCAUAUCCGUAUGCAGCGAUCGGUGGCAUACCGACUGCUAUGCCAACGGCAGCUGGCAUGCCAACCGCGCUCUCUGGCAUGACCGCUGCGCCGGCCAGUGCGGCGGGCAGUGCCAUGGUGCUUAAUCCAUACAAGAAAAUGAAGACCUCGUAAGCAGUUGGCUUUUUGGAGGCAUUUAACCAUACGCGCACAUAAAAUCCCAUAGACUUACAAUACCAAACGAAUAUGACAAACUAAUUUGUUAGCUAAGUCUAGCAUGCAAGGGCAAGGCGCUGCGUUUCAUCCUUUUUACCUAAACAUGAGAGUUUAUUCAAAGCUUUUAUGGCGGCGCUUUACCAAUGCACUUGUACUUAAAAAGCUACUUAAACAUACUUUGAAAAUACGAAACAAAAGUAUGUACAUUCUCAUUUGGACUUACAAACAGACAAUUUUAAUAUAAUCGUGCCUACUGUUUGGGUAUAACCUAAAGUGAAAACCCUCAUAAGCAUUAAAAAGCUUAGAUACAUGUUAGAAAUAGAGUUAUAAAAAAAAUAAAUAAAAUGCAUCACAACGAAGUAAAGGAAUACUCUAACAAUGCCCACAAAUCCUUCACAUCAAUAUUAAACUCCACAUUGAGCUUUCACGCAUACAUGGGAGUUUGCAUAUAAACUUAAAAUAAACUACUGAAGAACAAUAGCAGUUUAAUUUAGUGACUUAAAAGUUAGGGGCACUCCAAUUUCACAUAUUUUGUUGUAUACAGCGGCUCGCUGUAGAAUUAUUUAAAAAGCUUUAAGUUGCCAUACAACAUGAGAUUUACCAUGUUUAUGAAUUAAAAAUUAAUCCUGCUUUAAGCAACAAGGUUAAUACAAGUAGCUGUUAGCAGUUGAGCAGAACUUAAAGCGCAAUUUGUCAAAGCUCGAGAGCUUAUAAUUCAGCAAGUUAUGCUUAACUGUAUAAUCCCAGCUUAAUUCAUGCCAUUCUAAUAUUCUAACUAAUUAUAUUCUUGUAGCCAUUAAUUUUCGAUUUUCUAUAAAAUAUUUUAAGAAUAUUUGAUUAAGGCGGAGUGUGAGCUUUUCAAAAAUUUCUUUUUUUCCAAUAUUUUCGAUACCUAACAAAAAUAUAAAAAAACAACGAAACAAAAGUAUUUAGAUAAAAUUAAUGCUCUGUUGGUAUUUGUCAUGUUUUCGCACAAUUACAUAAAAGCUAAAAAAGCUUUGCUAAUGUGUAAGCUUUCACAAUAAUUCGUACAACUAACGAACUACUGCGAUAGCGCGAAAUUUAAGAAGCUUGUUUAGAGAAAAUUAUUUGCAACACUUAAGCUAAUUGUAAAAGUUACAAGAAAGCAUUUUCAAUACGAGUACGCAAAUGAAAGCUAAAUCAAUUAACGUAUUUCAGCAACAAGCUAAAAAAAUCAUUUGACAAUGACAAUGUUAUGCCAAAAGCCGAAACUAUUGAUAAAACGGAAAUUUACUAUCAAGAAGCUUUCACAGAUUUUUAUAAAUAUGCUACGUUUUAAUUUUACCGACGUUCCUAUGUAGCCAUAAAAUGCUUCGAAUUAUGUUCACCCUGCUCCCGCAAUGAUGAAUGGAAGCAAAAACUAAUUACAUCCCAGUGGUUUUAAAAUGAAAGCUCUUUACAAAAGUGUUUACUAUAUAAAUCAAGGCAUAAUUUUUUAACAGUAGGUGGCGCUGUAGUAGUUAGCAAAAAUAGCAACGCAGCAAAACAAUAUGCACUAGAAGUAGUCAGAGCUGCGCAAACUUAGUGAAAGCUCUACGCAAGUAGUGAAAGCUGCACAAACUUAAUGAAAGCUUUGCGCAAGUAGUGAAAGCUUUUUUUACUACUUAUAUAGUACUGCAUACUCUUAACAACCUAGCAUUAGUUUCGAAGAAUUGCUGUGAAUAAAUCUGAGAAAGCGUAUUUAAAGCUUACGCGCUCUCUCUCGCGUCUUGUUGUGCCUAUCAAACUUCAUUUACGCAGUUGACGUGUCGCUUUGAAAGACGCUAGAUUUUUAUUUUUUUGCAGUGACACUGUUAAUAAUUUUCUUAGUUUAUAAUGUGUAUAUUAGCUGUAAGUAGUUUACGUCCCAGUUUGUGCUGUGUAUUAUCUCAUAUAUACACUCACGCACAUACACAACUAUUACUCUUUCCCUCUCUAUCUAGUUGACAUGCUCAUUCGAUAUAUAACUCUCGAUUGUUAUCGAAAGUAUUUGUACACAUACAUAUACACGUUUCAGUUCGAACACUGCCGCGCCUAGCAGCGCUAGGAGUAUUUGCACAAAUAUCGUAAACAUUUGAGCAUAUUUCUCUACUCACUUUUAGUUUUUUAAGACACACUUUCCUAUAAAUAAUUUAUUUAUUUUUCAACCUUCAAUUGUUCCUUCAAUUAACUUAAGUAUAUGUUCUAUGCAAUACAUGUACAACAACAAAUUCACCGAGUGUGCGUUGUGUGAGGGCAGCGCUCUCAAUACGCCAUGCGCUCUGCGCUCAUUUGCGAUACACUGCAAAAAAUUUAUACGUAUGACUUACUAACUAUUUUUACUAGCGUAGUUUCUUGUUUUUUGUGUUAUUUUUAAAGCAUUCAAUAUAGAUUUAUGUAGUUGUUUUAGCGUUUAGUUAUAGUCUAGGUGUUUUAAAUCUACAAAUAAUUGUUUUUCAAUUAGUAUUAGUCGUUUGGCAAGCAAUUAUUAAAGAGUAUUUAAGCAUUUACAUUUGUUCUCUUAGUUUACGCGCUCAAAAGAACUCUAUGUGCUAGUUGUUAGUAUUUUUUUGUUUUUGUGCAUAUUUAUUACAGUUAUUUGUUUAGGUCUUUGCUAAAAACGCGUUUUUGUAUUAAAAAUAUAUUUUUUAGUUGUAAUUUUUUGUUAAUUUGCUAAUUUUAAAUAAGUUUUAAAUACUUAGAUCUCUUGUGAUUAUUAUGCUUAAUUUUUUAAUUAAUUUAUUAUUGUUUUUUUAAUUAAAUAUAUGUUUAUGUAUUCUGUAACCGUUACUACCUUAAUAAUUUUUGUGAGCAUAAUUUUUGCAUUAUUGAAAACAUGAAGUCCAGUAAACUUGUGUUAUAUUCUUACGUAGUCUAUUUAAUUUAAUGGAAACCUAAUUUUCUUUGCAAUAAAAUUUACUUAUUUUAUUGUAAUAAAAAGCAGCAAGCAAGGGCUGCAUAUAUUGCCAAUAUCAUACAAUUAUUUUUCCUACUGCGCACUUUUAAUAUAAUUUUAAAAUAUUUUUAAAAUAUUGUUAAUGUCUUCAUAUACAAUUUUACUCUACCCAGAUUCAAUUUCAGUACUUUAAAAUCUAUAGAAUUGUAUUUAUAAAUGUAUUUAUAGUCUAGCUUAGCGUGCUUACUUAACUACUCACUCUAAGCAGCCAACUAGCCAAUAUCUACACUGCGCCUGGUUGCUAUGACACCGACUCUCUCACACUCAAAACGCGGCACUAUGCUCAAAAGCUCUCUAACACGGAAACACACUCAUCCACACGCUCCCACUCACAACAGCGUUACGCUCACAAAUUCGCUAACACACUGACUCUCUCACACUCAAACAACCGCUCUCAUCAACAUUUUGUCACACCAUACUGUAUACAUACACAAAGCUAACGCUCUUGUGCUCAAAACGCUUACUACACACAACGAAAUAUCAAAAACUACUGACUGUAGCUAUAAUUGUGCGCUUUCUCUACCACUCACUCAUACUACGUUGCUAUGUUUUGACUGUACACUGGAAAAAAUUUGCAGAUAUUAUAAAUUUUGUUUUUCACAAAUAUAUGACAACUAUCAAUGUGCGUUGGUACGAAAACAUAGCACACAAAACAUAAUGCUUGAAGUUUCAAAAUAAAUAUAUACCGCUACAUAAUUUUAAAAACAAAAACAUAAAACUGUUAUGCAAAUUUGUAAAAUAACCAAAAACAAAUUCUACAUAUGAAGCUGAGCGGCGAUGUAUUAUCGUAAAAGCUCGUGUGCUUUACUAUCUGGCUGGCGUACUAGUAUCCAAUUGUUACAAAAACAAUAUAAUAAAAAAUAUAUUGCUAUCUACCUAUAAAUAUAAAUCUAUGCUCUAGAAAUUUGUUGUAUUUAUUAGCACACGCUAAAGAGAAACCUUCAUUAUUUUUUAACUGUUUUCCUGUAUGUCAUAUUAUUUGGUUAUAAUUAUUAUAUUUAUAUACAUAUGUAUGUAUAUGUAUGCUAUUUUUUUUAAUCUAAUAACUAAAAACUUUGUAUCACUGUUAGUUUGCCUUUUUCUCGUCUAUUUGGGAAUAAGAAUAUAAAUUAUAUCAUUUGUUAGUAUAUGUAAAAAGAAAAAACAAAAGAAAAAAUAAGAACAUUAUACACUUAAAAUAUUUUAACUACCACUGACUACUGUUAUUAUUAAUAAGUACAUACAUAUAUUCAUUGCUAUUGUAAUUUUAUGUUUUUAAUUAAUUGUUUGUUUAAUUUGUGAAAAUUAUUUGGAAAAUCAAUUUAUGUAUAUUAAAAAAAUAUAUAUAUUUAGCUUAAAAAAACAAUUGGUAUUUUUUGUUUGGUUGCUUAAUAUUGUAAAAGCUUGAAAAAGCUCUCCAUUUAAUUGGUUGAAUAUUUUAUUCUAAAAUUCUACUUUUAAUUUGCUGUGGUUUUGGGUGAAAACUCGCAAGAAAAUCUAUCGUUUGCUUGUCCUAUUUGCGACGCUCUCUUUACUCUAAGUCACUUUCUCUCUUUUACGUUAUACUGUCUGCUCUAAAGCCUUAUAAAUUGCACACGCUUCUAAAAGCUUUUGUGUCUUCAUUUGCUUCUUUAGUUAUGCUUCUCUCUAUAUGCAUUAAUUUCUCCAUUAGCAUCUCAUUGGCACGCUCACUUACGUGCUGGCUUCUAUUUAACUAUGUGUAAGUAAUGUAUGCUGUCAUUUUAGUGCCUUCAUUUUUCAUACUCAUUUUUUAUGCAUUGAAAAUAUAUGAAUAUUUAGAUCUCUUAUUUGAUAUUCUCUCUUGUCAUUUAAACUUGCCAGCAGCAAUCUAUUUAUUAGAUAUAUUGAGGUAAACAAAAAUUUUAGUUUUAGUAUCUCAGUUUUAUUUAGUUCAUUUUUAUAGUUAUUUGGAAGAUAUACUAUCUAUUUUGCAAGAUCAAACUUACUCUGGGAUCUUCUCUCACUUCUCACAAGAAGUCUUAUAUUAUGUCUCUCACUCUCUUAGACAAAUUCUGCUAUGAACAACGGUCGAGAAAAACACUAAAAGUGAUUAAAAAUCGCAUAUAUAAAUUAUAAUAUUUUUUUAACUUCAAAAGCUUUUGCCUAUGCUCGAAAUCAUUUCAUUGAAAGUCCACUUAAAUUUUUGCUCGGAAACUUCACUACGUGAAGCUCAUUGAUCUUCUUUGUAGCUAAUUAUAAUUAUUAGUGCUAAUAGUCUUACAAAAUGUUAACCAUUCGUGCAUUGAAACAUGAUUUUUGCCUUUUUCUACUUCUUUUUAAUAAUUUUUAAUUAUUUAAAGAUUUAUCGUUCGAUCCAAAUUAACGCUUUUGAGCUUUUACGCUUUCUUGUCAUUUCAUUGCCACAUAAUAUAUUCUCAGAUUCUAUCUUAUUAUUAUGUGUAUAUGCUUUUACCUAUUUAGAUACAUAUAUGUAAAUGAUCCAAGCUGGAAACAGUCUUCCAAGAAAUGGCUCGAAAUUUUCCGUUUAACAAAAAAAAUUUGAUUUGUACAAAUACACAAUUCUUCCACACUCAACAUUAUGAAUAUAUAUACUCAUGCUACAGCUACAGCUAUUGUAAUUUCAAAAAAGCUUGCGAUCGAAAACCACAAGCAAUAAAAAUACGUUAAUCUUUAAACCAUUUCCUAUUGCUUUUUAGAUAUCUAAGCCAUUACUGAGUUUAAUGAAAGCUUUUAAAUAUAAAUUGCCUUUAAGAAGUGUAAUUUUGCCCUGAGCAAGCGUUUACUUGAUUAUUUACUAUUAAUAUAAUAUUUAACAGUCUAGAAGAAGUCUAACUGUGCGAGAGCAACAACAUUUUUUUUUUCAAUUUCAAUUUAUUUGUAUGAAAAAUUCGGGGUUUUGAAAAAGCUUUUUAAAAUCAUUUCCAAUAUCUAUAAUUACUGGCAGCUUUUCAAGUUUUUUUUUUUAAAUCAAUUAAAGCAUUUAUUUUUUUUUCUCUUUUUUUAAAUCAAAUGUUUUUAUCAUUUAAAACGGAGAGUUCAGCAUACGGAAAAACUAUACAAAAUAUUUACAAAAAAUUAUUAGGGAAUUUAAUUGAAGUUUUACAUUUUGAAAACAAAGUAUAUUGCAAUGAAAUUAUAAAAACUACAAAAAAACAGAAUUAUAUACCAAAAAAAAGAUUUUAAAGUUAAAAAAUGUAGCGUAACGUUAGAAUUUUGAAGUUUUGAAAGUUUGACGUUUUUUGCGCAAAAAUAUUGAUAAUAUAAAAUGACCGUUAAAACGGUAUACUAUGAGAACUAUACACUAAUACAUAUUUACCAAAAUUUACGACGUUUAUAAUAUUUUUAAACAUUUAACGAAAGUAGUGAACUUUUAAAUAACAGUUCUAAUGAAAACAAGUUCAGAAAAAAAAAUUUAGAAAAAAAUUAUAUUUAUAUACAUAUAUAAUUGAAAAACAUAAUAUUACAUACGGUAGCAAUGCACGAAUUGGCAAAAAAAUAUUGAAACUUUUUGUAGAGUGUUUAAAAUGAAUUUGCGAAAGGAAAGGAAAUAUAGAAUUACUGAGGAAAAGCUUACAAGGAAGAAAAGUUUAAACAGGCUAAGAAGAAACAAUGCAAGCUAAAUAUUUCGAGCUUUUACUACAGAUUGACAUAGUUGAACAUUUUUAUGUUAUUUUUAGAUAACCGAAAACAGUGCUUAUAAUUUUGAUUUGCAGAAUUUUUUUAUUUCAUAAGAGCUUUUUGAAAUAGUCAUUAUAGACUAGUUUUCUUAUACAACCGCUUUUAAUAUAGUAGCUUUUGAGCUUUUGGUAUUAUAAUGCACACAUAAAGCACAGACACACUGCACGUACAUAUAAUGAAAACAAACUAAACAACACACCUGUCAUAAAAAUAACUAUGUAAGUCUUAAGAAGAGUUUUGUGAUCUGUAGCAUUGUAGAAUAUGUAAGAACAAAGCUUUAAAAGAAGAGGUUUAAAAGUUGCCAGCAAAUGGAGCAAACAAAAUAGUAGUUCUCGACAGUUUAAAUUACAGGCAAAAGCUCAAAAGCUUCACCUUCUUAACUGUUUUAGUUAAAGAGUUCUCUAAAAGUCAAACGCAGCAUUUUAGUCCGAAGUCUUUGCUUGAAAGCCCGAAAAGCUUGCCAUAUAGUACGGUGAUUAAAAAUUAAACUUUUUUAAUGAUCAUUUAUCAAAGCUGCAUACCUUUACUAAAUUUUGUUAAUACAUAUUAACCCGAAUAACUUUGUAUAAAUGCAAAAAGCUCCGUAUAAAUUUCGCAAUAUUUUUUUAUAAUCUGAAAGAGCACAGGCCGUCAUUCAAUUACUUUAUGGUAGCGUAAAAACAAAUUGUCAACCGUCCAUAUAUUACAUGAAACCGUUUGAAUGAAAUGUCUUAAAAGCUUUUGAGGAAAUUUUUUUAUUUACAAAUAUGCUUUAGAAAAAGUGCUGUAUCAAGUUAAAUUUAAAGCAAGUAAACGAGUGGAUAAAAGAAGAAGAAAAUUGAGAAGCUGGAGAAAUGCAAGCUCGUAUAUAAAAAAUUCAUGCAGAAAGCCGACAUAUUAGAAGCUUUAGAUAUUUAUAUGACAGUUCGAAAUUUCGAUAUCUAUAAAUAAUGAAAGGUCACCGUUAAAAGUAUUCUCACAGCUACUUUAGGAUAGUAAAGUUUUUCCGCGAUAUUUUAGGGUUCUUGCAGGCAAGUAAUUUUUUAAGCACCAGAAAGUUAACUAUGAAAGUUUAAAACGAAAGAGAAACUUAAGAAAACUUGAUAAAUAGAAGCUCGAACGUAAAAAUGAUUGAAGAAGAGAAUACAAAUGUAAUAAAGUUAACUAUUAAAGCUUAAAACAAAAGAGAAGCUUAAGAAAACUUGAUAAAUGGAAGCUUGAACGUAAAAAAUGAAUUAAGAAGAGAAUACAAAUAUAAUAAGUAAGCGCUAGGGUAUAGGUAUGUGAAAGCUAUAAAGUUCGAAAUUGGAAAAUAAUGAAAGCUCACAACUAAAAAUGUUUGACGUUUGAAAGUUCACAGUAAAUUUAUGCUACCACUGUUUUGACACGGUUUUGAAAAAUAAGUUUUUAUAAAAUCUCGAAAGUUAACAAUGAAAGUGUUGAAGAAUAAGUUUAUAAGAAAGAAUGCAUUUUAAACUUAUAAAAUAUUUGCAGAAAUAUUAGGAAAGCAAGUAGUGACGUUAAUAUAGAGUUAGGGAGACUAGAAUGACGAAAUGUAAAAAAAAUAUGUUUUGAAAUGUUAACGGUCAAUAAUGGCAAAUUAAAAAGCCACUACAAAAUAAUAAAAAAUAACAACAACUUUUUGUGAGAUAGGAAAAGCAGCAAAAUUAGUUAAAGGCGAAAAUUUAAAAAAAAAUUGUUGAAAAAAAUUCGAUAUGGCAACGACAGCAAGCAAAUAUUUAGCGGAAACAUAUACGUAACUACAAUACUAGCAAAUGCAAGCGCAUGAACACAAACAUACGUACACACCUACCUACAUACCAUAAAUGCAUAAAUAUAAUUGAAAACAAUUUAACAACAACUACAACAACUUCAGUUUAUUUGUACGUCUAAAUAAUUUGCGUUAGAGCGAAUUUUAUUUGAAAAUGAAAAAGCCUAUUUGUAAGUACUUAUCGCUGCUAAUUAAUUGCGUAUGCUUCGUAAUUGUCCGUAACUUGCCAGCAAA